CACAGCGCCAAGCAGGCAAUAAAUACAGCUUAAAGCCUCAGCUUCGGCCCCUUCAAUCAGUCGCUUCCGGGACGCUGUCCAGGCUGUGUGCCAUUUGUGUUGCCGUCGCUAUUUGAUUAAAACUCUGUCAAAGAUGACCCAUCAGUUUCCAUCCCUGUCUCCGGAGCAGAAGAAGGAGCUCUCUGACAUUGCUCAGAAGAUCGUAGCUCCAGGAAAGGGAAUCCUGGCCGCAGAUGAGUCGACAGGAACAAUGGGAAAACGUCUCCAGAAAAUCAACGUGGAGAACAACGAGGAGAACCGUCGCUGCUUCCGUGACCUCCUCUUCUCCUGUGAUGCCUCCAUGUCCAACUGCAUAGGUGGGGUCAUCUUCUUCCAUGAGACACUGUACCAGAAAGCAAACAGCGGCAAGCUCUUCCCCCAAGUCAUCAAGGAUAAGGGCAUUGUUGUUGGCAUCAAGGUGGACAAAGGCACAGCUGGUCUGAAUGGAACAGACGGAGAGACCACCACACAAGGUCUUGAUGGGCUGUCGGAGCGCUGUGCCCAGUACAAGAAGGACGGUUGUGACUUUGCCAAGUGGAGGUGUGUGCUCAAGAUCUCAGACGGCUGCCCGUCACCUCUCGCCAUCGCAGAGAACGCCAAUGUCCUCGCCAGAUAUGCCAGUAUCUGCCAACAGAAUGGCCUGGUGCCUAUUGUGGAGCCAGAGAUCCUGCCUGACGGAGAGCACGACCUGCAGCGCUGCCAGUACGUCACAGAAAAGGUUCUGGCUGCUGUGUACAAGGCUCUGUCUGAUCACCACGUGUACCUGGAGGGCACUCUGCUGAAGCCCAACAUGGUCACUGCCGGACACUCCUGCGCUAAGAAGUUCACCCCUCAGGAGGUUGCCAUGGCCACAGUGACCGCUCUGAGGCGCACUGUCCCCGCCUCUGUGCCUGGCAUCUGCUUCCUGUCUGGAGGUCAGAGUGAGGAGGAGGCCUCCCGCAACCUGAACGCCAUCAACCAGGUGCCCCUCCACCGCCCCUGGAAGCUGACCUUCUCAUACGGCCGUGCACUCCAGGCCUCUGCUCUUGCAGCCUGGCAGGGCAAAGCUGCCAACAAGGCAGCUGCACAGGAAGCUUUCUGCACCAGGGCUAAGAUCAACGGCCUGGCUGCCAAGGGAGAGUACAAGCCCUCCGGCUCAGCUGACCAGGCCUCCAUGCAGUCUCUGUACACCGCCAGCUACGUCUAUUAAAUACUGUGAACAUUAAAAAGAAGAAAUGCACAUGGACCAAAUAUGACAAGAAGUGCCUCUGCUGGAUUUCCCUCUUCCCUAGACUACCAACAUCAGGGGAGGACUUCCACUGUAAUGUUGAACUACUGUUUGUAUACUCAGUGAAAUGACUGGAAAUAAAUUAAGCUACGAAAAUGUU